AUGGAGGGUACUCCUAGUUGUAUCCAAUGGUCGGAGCUUCCUAUGGACAUAUUAAGAUCUGUGUUCGAACUUUUGAGUUUUGUCGAUUUCAACCGCGCUAAGCUCGUGAACCGGAAUUGGUAUCUGUGUUCGAAACAAACGUCGCCUCGAAUAGAUAAAUCUCCAUGGCUGAUUUUGUUUCCACAUGAUGGUGGUUGUGCACUGUACAACCCUAAUGAAGCUAGGGUUUACAAAACGAAGAGAGACUUAUCAGAUAUCAGAUUCUUGGCCAACUCAGGUAACUGGUUCUUGGUUCUUGAUUCUAAACUCGAUCUCUGUAUCAUAGAUUUGUUUAGCGACAAAAAGAUCCAUCUUCCAGCUCUAGAUAUGUCGACCAAAAGUAGUCUUGGGAGACAAGGAACCAGAUAUUCCUCGGCUGGCACCGCGGGAGACCUAAGAGGUCUUUUGUGGGUAGACGAGAAGAAAGAAGAGUAUGUUGUUGUGUGGUACUUCGGUUGGAAUACUGAGUCUUUAGCCUUUUGCAAGAACGGAGAAGAUCAUUACCGUAAGGUUCCAGGUUCGAUCGACUUAGAAUACAUAUGUGAUAUAGUACUAAUACGUGGUGACAGUAUUUACAUCUCAAGAUAUCAUGAUGCUCUCGUUACAAAACAUGAUUUGUCUGGACAAGAAGGUUCCAAAGUUAUGUUCGGCCAGGAUAUAGAAACAUUAUUUCGAAGAUUGCAUGAUUUAAGAACAUAUAGUUGUAACGUUGCUGUUACAUUAUCAGGAGAGGUUUUGUUGGUCGAGAGCAUCGUUAACAAAAGUACAAUGAGUAGGAUCUUUUAUCUCUACAAGAAGGGUUCUAAAGAUUACGAUGCUGUUAAGGUUGAUUCUCUAGGUGAUGAGGCCAUGCUUCUUGAUUUAGGUAUCACUGUGCCUGCUGACCAUACACUUGGUAUCGAACCAAACUCGAUCUAUUUCACCCGCGAUGGACGUGCUUGUAACCUUGGCCCGGACAGUUCAUGCCUAGACAUCUGUGUGUUCAAUCUUGCAACAAAGACCAUCAAACGCUUCUUCCCCGGUCUUGGUCUCGGUCCCUCCAAUAACUUAAGCAUCAAAGAUGCUCGAUGGUUUCUCCCAUCUUGA